CUUAAUUGCAGUGGUUAUUACGUAUGCCUCGCUAGAGAUGGCAAGGUGUAUGAUGGUACCAAGUAUGGUUGGUUAGAAGGAAGGCAGGUAAGAUCUUAUUUUUUCAUACUCACAUUUACCUCGCGUUUAUUGAUUGCAGUUAAGUUAUGUUAACACAUAUUGCUCGCAAGAGUCAUAUAGCUUUUUCUUCACAUUUUUGUAAUUUUUUGUUUUGCUGUUGUUGUUUUUAUUUUAUAGGUCUGGAUGUACUCCAAGCUCUACAACGAAACUGACCAAUACGGUACUGCAAAAAUACUCAAAGCUGCAUUGUCAGGUAAUUUUAAAAACUCUUUUUCGAUCAUCCGUUACGGUAUUUUCAAUGCUGUUUUUUUUUUCUCUAGUUUUGUUGACUACGAGUUCUAAACUAUAAAUUGUCAUGGUCAGAAAACAUAUAUGGAUGAUUUCCAAGUAUUGUAACACAGCCCUUCAGAUAAAAUGAAGAAAUACCAACAUGAAAAAAGUCUUCUCCACGAUUUUACCCAUUCAUACUCCUUUUUGGGCUUUCCUCAUUGAUUUCUAUUGCUUUCUUCUACAAUUUAAAGCAGUUGUGUAGAUAUUUUAGCCAAUUCUGUGAUCGUUCUGGAAGCGUGGAAAUUUACUAAAAUAGUCGAAAAAUGGCGUGACAUAUACUCUGUAAAGUCGACAACUUCCACGUCCCAUGUGAAGUCUGACUGUUAUCAUGAGUGUGAGGAGAACAGUGAUUCAAUUGCUGAUAAUUCUAAAUUCUCGUUAGAACUUUGUCAGGACAAAUCCCAGUCUGAUUGCACAAUUCUACCUUUUUAUAUUGCAGGAGGCGAGUUCCUUCUAAAUCACAUCAAGAGACCUGAGGAUGGUAGAUGCUACUUUCAAGUCACAGCCGAAGGGCAGCCCAUUAAAAUCCAAAGGACAGUUUUCACGGAGUGCUUUUACACUCUUGCAAUGGCUGAACUGGCAAGAGCUAGCAAUCUUCCCAAGUAUAGGGUAUAAUUUACUAAGAAUUUGUCCUUAAGUUCUGUUAAUAAGUCAGCUUCGAAGCACAUAUUUUAACAGCUGAUUCUGUUCUUUAUACACACAAGUGCUCUUUUACUUUGCUGCUCAAUCAUUCGCCAGUGGAUUGCCACAAAUGUUACUUUUCUUCAAGGAAGCACGAGAGCAAGAGACCAGGGAUUUUAUACGUUGCUGCUCGACUCGCUUCGCCCGUAGCUCGGGCCUUAAAUCCCUCCACCCUUCUCGUGUGAAACAACUUAGCGGUAAUUAGAGAUCUUGUUCGCGGGCGAAUUUUAUAGCACUAAGUAUAGCGUUUUUUUUUAUGUCAGGAAGAAGCAAUAAAGAUGUUAUCUCUUGUCACCCACUGGGCACGCAUAGAUGACACGCAGCUGGGACGACCCAAAUUGUCCGGUCAAGAGGAAGUGAACCCGCUCGCCGUACCCAUGAUGGUGCUGUAUGUAAUUGAUGAGGUCUGCCGCGACGAGGAGCUCCUUCAAAACAUUUACAGCGAAGAUGAAGAGUGGGCUGUACAACAGAUCUUAAAACACUUACAGGUACUGAUGUCGCGCAGUCCUUGGUUUUGAUCUAAAAAAGUGCAGCGGGCAGGCCACACCCGUUGAUCCGCCACUGGUUAUUAACAAUUUUUAUAAGAGAAAAGCCCUGGGGACGAGGUUGGGUUAUUAAGUCAAAGUUUUGUUUUGUGCAAAAAAUUAUCGCAAUCGAAAGUCGGCACUAGGGUAAAUCUUGGUGUGCCAAAUACUGAAAAAGGAAAAUUGGAGAGUUUAAUGAGAACUCAAUUGUUCAAAAGGUGAUAUUGCUAUCCUAUGGACAGUAGAUCACUACCACGAUUGGCUAUCCUCAUACAUAUUCAGUGGAUAGAGAUUUAUCCAGCCGAGAGCACUAUUUAACUUUUGAACAACUGGUGUCUGGUUGUUAGUUAGGAAAUAUACAUAUUCGUGUUAAGUCUUGUGCAUUCUGAAUUCAUCUGUGAAUGGUCGAUUUGAAAGGAAAGAUUUGCAAUUUACUCUUAAAUUUCCAACAAUUUGAUGAACAUUUUUUCUAACGAAAUUGGUUUCCUUGUAAAUUGAUUUUAAUUCAGAGAAGAGGGAGAGUGGUGCUUGAAAAAGUUACAGAAGAAGGAAAAGAGAUCGGAGGUGCGGAAGGCCGGCUCAUCAUUCCUGGCCAUGCUAUUGAAGCAGGAUGGUUUCUCCUGCAAUAUGCUACCAAAAAACAGAACUACGAACUGGCGAGAAUCGCCAUUGACAAGUUCAUCGUGCAGUCAUUUGAGAUAGGAUGGGACGACAUGUAUGGAGGCCUUCUUUACAUGUUGGAUGCAAAUGGUUUCUCUCCAACUCAGCUGGAAUGGAACAUGAAGCUGUGGUGGCCUCAUGCCGAAGCUCUUAUUGCAUUUCUGAUGGCUUACAAAGAGACAAGAGAUUAUCGCUACAUGGAAAAGUUUGAUCUUGUGUUCCAGUACACAUUCUCUCACGUAAGACAUGCAUAAUUGUUAUUGAGGCGGGUACAGGAGGUAAAAAAAACACUCUUCAAUUGAGUGUUAAUGUAUUUAGCAGGAAAAAACAAAUCGAGGACACUGUUUUUCGUCUCGUACCAGAGACAGGCCCGCCAUUUUACGUGGCCAUCCAAGCGAGACGAAGUCUAGCUGUUUGCAGGACAAAGGCUGCAGAGGCAGUAUGUUCAGUUAUUCUAAGACCGUAUCCUAAGUAUUGGUCCGGGAAUCGAAUUCGCGAUCGCCCGCCUUUCAGUCAAAUGUUCCACCGCAUGAACUAGUCCUGCCGCCGCCAGACAAACCUGGUCGAGAAGAUUUGCCCUUUCGAGACUAAUCACAGAAAUUACUUUUCUCGAAAGAGCAUCCCACUGGCAUGAAAAAAUCAAGUACGGUAGAUGAUUUCAGUGUGCAAAUUAUUUGAGGCACGCAGAACACAAAAUAUUACAGAAUGUUAGACUGAGUUGAUUCUUUCUAUCUACACUCUUUUAAAUAUAUGCUAUACACACAGAUGACAAGUAAAUCACGAAAGAAGGAUCCACCUUUCAAAGUCCCCUGCAAACGUUAAUUUCCCUUACACUUUCUAACCUGGAAACAUCGCAAAUUCCGUAUAUGCUACGUGCCUAAACCGGGAAACAUUUCGUGAGAUUUAUUAAAAUCACUUUUCCUGUUGCUUACAGUUUUCUGACCCCAAAUAUGGUGAGUGGUUUGGAUAUCUCAACCAGAAAGGCGAGGUUACACAUACAUUCAAAGGAGGACCGUUUAAAGGUACGUAGGCUGGGAGGAAUAUUUCCCCAACUAAGCUGUUAUAGUUAUAUACGUACCUCUCCUUGUAAAACCUACUUCCACAACUCCAGAGGAGGAUCUCUAAUGAAUUUCUGAAGGUGAGAGGAGAAACUCUCGCGCUCUACUAUCUGAACGCCUGAUGCGUGUAACACACACACCAUUCCCUGUAUCUUUGUCAAUAGCAGGAAAGGAGGUGUAAUAUCUGAAUUGUGUAUUCAUGAAUAAUGCUACUCUGCAUUUGUUAUUGAUGAUCACCAUGCAACAAUAUGGACGUCUCUUAUAAUUUUACGUACUUAAAACCAAUUUAUAGUGACUGACAAUUGAGACAAUUGGAAUCAGUUGCUGUCUUUCAACAACCAAGUCAAAAUCAAGUUAAUUAUUUGUUUGGACCGUUUCAGGGUGCUUUCAUGUUCCUCGCUGCCUGCACAUGUGCGUAAAAAUGCUCAAAGAGUUAUUACAAGAAGAACCCUUAACAAAUGGAUUAUCCAACGGCACAUAUCUUCCCUAA